GCCGGUUCUCAGGGAAUUUUUAGGCUCCUGUCUCUUUAAGAGUUCUCAAUCUGCUUUAGUAGGCUAGAUAAAUGGUUAAAGGCAGUCUCUCUCUCUCUCACUCUCACAACCUACCUGCUCGCUCGGAGGUUUAUAUAACCCGCUCUCUGUACACGGUCCUCUCUUUUUUAAAGCUUAAAUCCAACAUUUGGACGAAGAAGGGUCAUGCGGAAUAGGGCUGUGUUUCAAAACACGGUUAUGCAUGACCAGAAAGUCUAAUCUCACCUCACUGGACUGAAGAUCGGACCUUCUCUGGGGAGACGAAGGAUUUCAGAGACAAAAAAAAGCAGUUAUAUAUACAUAUAUAUAAAAUCAGUGUUUUUUUUUUUGUUUGUUUGUUUUUUGUUUUUUUUUGCUUAACAGGUUUCCCACUUCUUGGAUUCUUGGUUUCUUUCAUAAAUCAUGGGUGUGAUUUUAGAUCUACUUUUACGUAGGCGUCAUUAGAGAUCCUUCAGCUUCAUCUCGCAGCCGUCCAUCCACGGAAAAGGAAUAUGGCGAAAAAUGUGACCGACGUCCCGAGGGAGGAUUUAAGCAAAAUCUCAGAUGAGGAACUCCUCAGACUCGGCAAAGACGAGCUGGUUCGGAAGCUCCGCAGAGUCGAGAGCGAGAAGAUCAGCCUAAUGGUGGAGCACGGGAACAUGAUGCGCGACGUGAACCGGAGACUACAGGUUCACCUUCACGAGAUCCGGAAUUUGAAAGAAGUGAACCAGAAGCUGCAGGACGACAACCAGGAGCUCCGUGAGCUGUGCUGCUUUCUGGACGACGACCGGCAAAAGGGCAAGAAGCUGUCGCGGGAGUGGCAGCGCUUCGGCAGGUACACGGCCGGCGUCGUCUGGAAGGAGGUCGGGUUCUAUGAGCAGAAACUGAAGGAGCUGGAGGUCAAUCAGGAGGCCGUCGUGCGCGAGAACAUGGAGUUAAAGGAGAUCAUCGUCAUGCUGGAGGAGGAGAGGAACGGCGCCGGGUCGAGGAGCUCUAUAGACAGCCAGUCCAGCUUGACCAACCUGAACGGAGGCACGAAUAACGUGAGGGACGUGGGGGACGGAAGCAGUACGUCCAGUACGGGAAGCGCUGGAAGCCCGGACCACCAUCAUCACGGUCACGGGCACAAACCUGUCGAGGGCAAGAUGGCAGCCAUUAGAAGAUCUAUGGACGAUCUAUCCACUAACCACCUCCACAGGAGCAUACCAAACGGACUGAACGAGUCCUCAAAUUACAUCCGUCAGCUGGAGACGAAAGUCCGGAUUUUAGAGGAUGACAACAAGCAGGUUUUCUCCCAGGGGAACGUCGGCGAUCUGAAGACGCUGAAGAAAGGCUUGUCGUUGUAUCACUCCGAGUCCCAGCUCUCUGCGCUUUCCAAGCAGCAAGACGCCUUACAGAACGGCACCGCUCGACUCCCGGGUGGAGACCUGCCCUCGCCCGUCGCUCCCUACAUAACAUCUGCUCAGAAGCCGGAGGCUCUGGUUCAUGCCAUGAAGGUACUGGAGGUCCACGAGAACCUGGACAGACAGAUUCCUGAGGACUACGAGGAGGAUCUGAGUGAGAAAGAGAAAGCUAUCGUGAGGGAAAUGUGUAACGUGGUGUGGCGUAAGCUCGGUGACGCAGCAGGCUCCAAGCCGUCCAUCCGGCAGCAUCUCUCUGGAAACCAGUUUAAAGCCCCGAUGUAGCUCUGGCUUCGAGCAGCACGCACCAACGCGCCAGUCCGUCCAGAACCGGCGCAGCUUCAGCCAGAAAGCAAUCGGCGUAUACAAACCUGCACUCCUACGGCUCCGUGCCGGCAGCCAUGUUUUAGCGUAACUUAGGGUCAUUCUGACUUUUUUUUUCGUCCACUCGCCCAACAAGGAUUUACGGCAGCUAGUGUUAUCCAUUAUCUAACGGACGCUGAGACCGGUUUUAGUUAGAAAUCCCGACUCGAGUCAUUCACUCAGUCGGAAAUGAUCCUAAAGCGGUAAAGACCUACUUUAGGAGAAUAAACCAAACCAUCGUGAAGGACGGACACGAAUCGAGAUGUAGCAAUCGACCCUCUCUUCCUCCCUUCUCUAGAGAGGUUCACUCGGGUACACGCCAGGGAUUGCUUCACUCCUUUUCUUCACGUCCAUUUUUAGGUAUUUUUCCCAGGAUAUAAACACUCGGUGUUAGAAGAAACCAUGCAGUGUUUUCUUAACCCCCCCCCCCCCCCCCCCCCAAAAAAAAAAAAAACCCCGUCUUUGGCUGUUGAGGACACAUUCUGGACGAACUCAGAUGUUCGACUCGACUCCAUCACCCUUAUACCGUGUCAUUUCUGCAUUUUCUUUUCGACCGAUUUGACAAUCAUUUGUAAAUGACAAAGGGUUCAAAUCCUAAAGCUAUAUGAACUCAUGCAGUUAGACCCUUUAACACCGUGUAGCGUGGCUUAGCAUUGGCUAGUUACGUGGUCUUAAGUUAAAAGCUCAAACUCCUGUACUAGUGAAGCUUUAGAUUUUCAGCACAGACGUCUGAACCGGGGUUUGUUUCCGAAUUCUGUCCGUCCGAGGUCUUCUUAACGUUAUCUGGAAACACGUAGCCGACUCGUUUACGCUGCGGGACUAGCCGUACGUUCACGCUAGCGAGCGCCAAAAGAAAGCGGCUUUCGAGAUUUCGAUCGAUCCUACGUGAAUUAGCUACGACGCCGUUGAAGUGACAAAUCCGAACGAUCCUCGUGGUGCGUCAUCUUUAAAACCUUAUAUCCUGACCUCUCAAUCCAUUAAAAUAAAAAAUAGAGACAUCACGAAGAGAAAUAAAACUCGGAAGCUAAAUAUAUACCGCUAUUAUCGUUUCUCAUUGGAACCGAAACGUAUAAAAACAAAAAACAGGCCACGCCCACAAGAGACAAACUACGCGCGAUUACAUAAUGCCAGUGUGAACGUAAGGUUAGGACUGGUUUAUGAGAUCUCUAGGCAGACAUUUUGUCGUACGUGUACAUGAGAUUCCGCAGAGUCACGUAUGAAGUUUUGCGUAGAUACGGAAACGCGUGCUGUUUAAAGGUGCGGUUUGUAAUUUUUUUUUUUUUUUUUUUUUUUUCAAGAGUUUGUAUUAUGUGCAAUCGUAUUACAAAGACAGCUCAUGAAAACUGUGUUUGAAAUAUGACCAUAUUGAUUUGCAUUGGGAUCUCUUUGGUUGUUUUUUCUUCCCAUUUCAGGUUUAAUCGACACUUUUCUGGGCCUGAAAUAGGCUCCGCCCCCAAGUGGAACGGCCCAGAUCAUGUCCGUUUUCAGUGAAAAGGAAACUAAUGAGGUAUUUAAGUUUCACCCAAGGUGGGUGUGUUGAUUUUGUAACGUUUCGUAGGGCUCCAAAAAUGACAAACUGCACCUUUAAGGUCUUCUCGCCGCGUGUGGAAGACUCGGAACUGCCACAAAAGAUAUUUGCUGCAUUUGUGCAAAGCUCUAACCAGAGUGUUUUAAAACUGGAAUGUCUCGAUGAUGUUUAUCCGUGCUCUGAUUUUUUUAAAAAAAAUUUAUUUUAUUUUUUUUUAAAGAUUUAUUUCUGUCACAAAAGAUCACGAGCAAACGUGUGAGGAUUUCAUUUCUGGCAGCUCAGGAAAUUUUGCUCAUCGCCGCCUCCGUGAUGCGAACGAGCGCGGGGACGGUGAGGAGAGCGCCUCGUGUCCCGUGGUCACAUGACUAACCUCGAUUCCCUCAGAACUUUCCGAAGAUUUCUCCGUACACUGCCAGUCGGACGUUUUCGAGCACAGUGGGUUGAAGUAAAACUAAAAAUGGCUCUAGAGCAAAAAUCGUUACACCUUUUUAGUUAAAAAAAAUAAAAAUAAAAAAAAUCCAGGAAUUGCUGAAUAUGCACGAUUAUGCAAAUUUAUGCAUAAAUAAAUAAAUAAAUAAAUAAAAUCCCCACCAUUUUCUCACACCAUCCCAAGUUCCUAGACAAGCUAUCAUUUAAUCAUAAAUCGAUGCAACGCAUAGUUCGGUAUCAGAGUCUCUGUGAUUUAUUUAACAGCAGAUGAACCUGUCAAAAUAUAACGUUUCCAUGACAACCGUGAUUUCCUAUUAGUAUACAUUGGGUGCAGAGAGCAUGCCUGAGCGUGAAUAACUAAUCCAGUACAUACAUGGACACCAAGUAUGGAAUAAAUUUUUUUUUUUUGUCAUUUGUGUACAGCAUCAGCGAUACAAGUCUCUUCGUACACUGUUGCUAUAGAAACCAUAACGCGUCGACACCUCCUAACCAAUCAGAAUCCAGAGUUUAACAGCGCCGUGGGUUUAUUGUUAUCUGUAGCAUGAAGAGUGACUGAAAUGAACUUUUGGCUGGCAGUGUACGGUCCAAAAUAUCCCAGAAUUCUGUGUUUGGAGCCGGGGGGGUGGUGGCGGGGGGGGUUUGACAUGAAUGAGUCGGACAUUUCUGGAACAUCAGGAGCUCUCUGGCUCUCACACACAAACACACACUCUCACACACAUGCAGUAAGAGCACAUAAGCAAAGUUCUUAACUGAAGUACAAUAAUUCGAGAAGCCAUAAUUGUUUAUUUUUUGUAUUUUUUUUAAUUAACGUCGGAAGUGAAAUGUUUUUGCCAAGUCUGAAAUUUCAGAUUCUCCUUGUUGUAAAGGCAGGUUAUCGAUGCUGAUCUGAUCUAAAAUCGGAUGAAUUUUAUCGGUUUGUUUUUGAGCCAAGAUGCAGCAGGUGGCUUUUGGCAGUCUUGUGGAAGUCUGUUUUUAAUUUUAAUUUUUAUUUGAAUCUUUUUUUUGUUUUGUUGUUGUUUUUUUUUUUUACGUCUGGGAUGUGACUGAACAAAAACGAGCAGCGAUCAUUUGACAGAUUUAAAAAAAAAAAAGUCUAUUUUGAUAUUUCUACAAAAAAUGAAAUGAAAGGAUGCUCUAAAAGAUGAGCGGUCAAUCUCUGUUAAUUUGAAAAAAGAGCACAAAAGGAAAAAAAAAAAAAAAACC